AGGGGGGGGGGGGCAGCGUCCCACACCGCUGAUGGAAAUCCGAGCUGGAGUCUUGCUUAAACCAGGCUAGGGCCGAGUUCUCCCUUCCCGUGUCGAAUCCCCCGGACGAUGCCGAAUUAUGAACGUGUCACAUCAUGAGGCUGUUGCGGCAGGUAACUGUGCUCCACACCUGGAAUGCCGUCCUGCUUCUGGUAGUCUACCUCGUGCUGCUGGCGUUGAGUCGGUGCGCUGCCUCGGCGCGACCCCAGGGCUGCCCGGCAGUCUGCUCCUGCAGUAAUCAGUUCAGUAAGGUGGUCUGCACACGCCGUGGCCUGACCACGGUCCCCUUGGGGAUCCCGUCCAACGCUCGCUUCCUCAACCUGAUGGAGAAUAGCAUUGAGCUGAUCCAGGCGGAUUCCUUCAGCCACCUCCGGCACCUGGAGCGGCUGCAGCUGGGCAGGAACGCCAUCCGGCACAUCGAGGUGGGCGCUUUUAACGGGCUCACCAACCUCAACACGCUGGAGCUGUUCGACAACCGGCUGACAGUGAUCCCGAGCGGGGCCUUUGAGUACCUGUCCCGGCUGCGCGAGCUGUGGCUGAGGAAUAACCCUGUGGAGAGCAUCUCGCCCUACGCCUUCAAUCGUGUGCCCUCGCUGAUGCGUCUGGACCUGGGUGAGCUCCGCAAGCUGGAGUAUAUAUCUGAGGGCGCGUUUGAGGGAUUGUACAACUUGAAAUACCUGAACCUUGGAAUGUGUAACAUUAAGGAGAUGCCCACUUUGACCCCAUUGGCGGGGCUGGAGGAGCUGGACAUUUCGGAGAACUACUUCCCCGUGAUCCGACCCGGAUCUUUCCGGGGACUGAAAUCCCUGAAGAAGCUGUGGAUUAUGAACUCGCAGGUCAGCCUGAUCGAGCGUAACGCAUUCGAUGACGUCACAGCGCUGGCGGAGCUGAACCUGGCCCACAACAACCUGACCUCGCUGCCGCACGGGCUCUUUGUGCCCCUGAGGUUCCUGGUGGAGCUCCACCUCCACCACAACCCCUGGAACUGCGACUGCGACGCCGUGUGGUUAGCUGGCUGGCUACGGGACUACAUCCCGACCAACUCCACCUGCUGCGGCCGCUGCCACUCGCCCGCACACAUGCGGGGCCGCUACCUGGUCGACACGGACCACACCUCCUUCCAGUGCUCAGCGCCGUUCAUUGCAGACGCGCCACGGGACCUCAACAUCUCAGCAGAGCGGGUAGCCGAGCUACGGUGCCGGACGGCGCCGGCCUCGUCCGUGCGCUGGCUGCUGCCCAACGGGACGGUCCUGACGCAUGCCUCCAUGCACCCGCGCAUGUCCAUCCACAACGAUGGUACGCUCACCUUCGCCAACCUGUUGCCCAGUGACACCGGCGUCUACACUUGCAUGGUGACCAACGCGGCGGGCAACUCCAACGCCUCAGCCUAUGUCAACGUCACCAAUGGCGAGCUCAACACGUCCAACCUGAGCUACUUCACCACAGUGACGGUGGAGAUCGUGGAAGGCCCGUCCGACGCCAUGUCUAAGCCCCGGGCGGUGACAGCCUCGCCCUCCAUCUUCCAGCCGGCAUUCAUAUCCACACCCACCGUCCUGCUCCAGAACACCAAGACACCGGCGCAGGUCUCCGUCCCAACCGCCAAGGGCACAGACAAGCCAGCGGCCAGCCUGGACGAGGUCAUGAAAACCACAAAGAUUGUGAUUGGCUGCUUUGUGGCCGUCACCCUGCUGGCCGCAGUAAUGCUCAUCGCCUUCUAUAAACUCCGCAAGCGGCACCAGCAGCGAGGCACGGUGGACACAGCUAGAAGUAUUGAGAUCGCCGUGGUGGGGGAUGUCGUGCAGCCCAGCAGCACAGCGGGGGAGGGGCCGCUCUCCUCGCCCUGCAUCCGGGACCACAGCAGCAACUACAGGUCGGUCUACAGCACCUGCAAAUCAGCACAUGGCGCCCAAUGGACAGAGAAUGACGCCAGCAACUCCCUCCACCGGGGAAGGCGCACUAUCGCUGCCGUCCCUGAGCCCUACAUGAUAAAGACUCACGCCAAGGAGAAGGUUCAGGAGACACAGAUCUGACACUAAUGUCACCUCCUCUGUCAUGCAAUAGAAUGCACAAAAAAAAAAAAAAGACGAAGAGAGAGAGAGAGACAGUGACUCCUUUUGUACAGAGUGCUAAAUGAAGUUUUUCUUGUACAUGCUUAUAAAUAAAUCAUAUUCAUAUAUAUAUACACACAUAAGGAGAUAUAUAUAUAUAUGAAUAUACAUAUAUACGGCAAAAUCUACAACGGGCUGGUAAGCGGAAAAAAAAAUAAAUUAACUAUUUUCUAACUUGUAACUUCUAUUUAAAAACCGAAAUGUUGUCGAAUUGCUGUCAUGACGACGAGGAUCGAGGAAUGGAUGUUUCGGGGGGCCAAAGGGCAUUCUGUACAUUUUUAGAUGACGCUACAUAGGUUGCAGUAAAUAUUGAUUUAUACGGAGAAGACUUUCUAAUAAAUGGCCUGAAUUGAA